CGUGAAGGGUAUUUUUUACCCUUUUAUGCAAUUGUAAGAACCAUACCAAAUUCUUCAUGGCGUUGUUGCCAUGUGACAGUCGUCUGCGUGAAUUCAGCCAAGCUGAUACGAGCGACCCCAUUACGGUCGCUCUCCUUAACGGGGUGGCUGGCACCCAAGUAGGGUGGUGUUUCAGGUUUCGUCGUGUUGUGCUUCAUCGAAGCAAGGGAUCGCCACGUAUUUGCCCACGCUUUCGUGCACUUGGCCGCUUGCCUCGACAAUCUCGUCUUUCCAGGUCAUGUGAGCGAGCCGCUGUCGCAUUCGUUGGCGUAUGUCGAGGGGACAGAGGGGGGCGCUACCAACAGAAGGCGGACUCUACCCAGCAUCUCUAGUUUCAAUUGAAUGCUCAAAUGCGUGCCCAAG